GGUGCGAGCGGAGGCAGAGGGCGAGGUGCGGCGCCGAGCCUUCGGCCGAGCGAAGCCAAGGCAGAAGCUCCCCGGUGCGGCUCGGCGGACGCACUGCAGUCGGUGACCCUCUGAACAUUUACGGGAAGGAAUGGCCAGGAACAGCUACAGAAACUUCUUACGUGUGUUAGAAAAGUGGCCUUUGGACGAGAGCAAGACAGGGGGAAGGGACCUGGGAGAACAUCUGCGCAUCAGAGUGUCAGAAGCAUUUAGACUUGGUGAUACUACUCCCACAGAUGAAGCAGAUUGCCAAAGGGUCUGUGCUUCUUUAAAUCGCAUAGCAAACAAUAGUUAUUCUAUAAGAUAUCCACGCAAAUUAACCAGUACAUCAACAGGGGUCACAGUGCAGGAGUGUCAUCAGAUUACCUCAACAGAGUUUCUAAAAGCAAUCGAAGAAAGCGAAAAAGGAUUAUUAUCGGGCAUGUUCAAGCAGGGAUAAUUGUAGUCUCAGUAAAUUUUGCUUUAUAUAGUAUACAACUUUUUGAUCCACACAUAAUGGCAUCUGUAUUAAUGAAGAACAAUUUGGGGCUGAUGAAAUGUCCAUUUUCUCUUUGCAAUCUCUCACUGGAGCACCAAACUCUAAGAAUAAAAGUUUCAUUAUCUAUGGUACAAAAAGUCAACCCAAAAAGUACAGGUACA